CGAAAAGUAUGAGGUACAAACGUAAAUAAUUUCGGGAUUAGUUUUGAUUUUUCCUUAAUUUUUUGUUGUUUUUAUUAAUAAAUACGUUUUAUGAAGAGUUUUAAUCAAUAGUAGUGUAAUAAAUUCUUGUUAAUGUUGCCAAUAUGUCUAAAAAUAAGAUAGUGAGAUCCUGUGACACUAAAACUGAGGUGAAAAGUAAAUUUGAUGCAGAGUUUAGAAGAUUUAGCGUAGAACGUAAUUCCCAAACAACAUUUGAAGAUUUUCGAUCACUCAUUGAACGUUUACAUGGAUUAAAAGAAACACCAUUUUUGGUGUCAUAUAUUGAUCCUAGUGAUCAAGAUUUGCUUCCCAUUAAUAAUGAUGAUAAUUUAAGAAGAGCACUGUUUAAUGCUAAGCCACUACUCAGAAUAAUUAUACAAAGAAAAGGAAAUAGUUUCGAAGAACUGAAUGGUUAUGGAACGCUUAAACCUAGAAACUUAAUUUCUACCAUAUUGGGUGGAACUCCAGCAAAGACAAAAACUCUUCCCAUAUCAAAUCCGCACGACUUUAGACAAGUUUCAGCUAUUAUAGAUGUAGACAUUGUACCAGAAACAUGUAGGAGAGUUAGGCUUUUAAAACAUGGAUCUGACAAGCCUUUGGGGUUUUACAUAAGGGAUGGAACAAGUGUAAAAGUUACACAAAAUGGUCUUGAAAAAAUUCCCGGCAUCUUUAUCUCGCGAUUGGUCCCUGGUGGCCUUGCUGAAUCAACAGGUCUUCUUGCAGUAAAUGAUGAAGUUUUAGAAGUAAACGGUAUUGAAGUAGCUGGUAAGACUUUAGAUCAGGUUACAGACAUGAUGGUAGCGAACAGUUCAAAUUUGAUUAUAACCGUAAAGCCCGCCAAUCAGAGAACUGUAGGACCACCGAGAAGGGGAAGUUUUGGAAGGAGUUCACAUAUGUCAAGUGGAUCGCAUCAGUCGAAUACUACUGCCGGAUCUGACCCGGACGAUAAGUAUGAUCAAGAUGAAAUUGUAGAUCUUACGGCCGGGUUGAAUCUAGAAGAGACUCAAUCGAAAGACGAUGGAAUCCUUCACCUAUGAGAAGAGAAGAUUGAAACAAAUAAACUGUACAUUCCAGUAUCAAUGGCAAUUAUCUUAACUAGGUAUUUUAGUGAAGAACCGUGAGACUUGGUAUUUUUAUAUCAGUAUUUUAUAAAAUCUCCUACAAGUAUUCAAUCCGUCCCCGAAUGUGCCUCCCGUUUACAGGGCGAUCUUAAAAAUUAGAGUGGGUCAUCUGAUUUGCUUAAUCCCAAAGAAAAGUAUUGCACAAUUUGUAUGAAUAUGUCAAAUAGUAGUAAUUUAAAAGACAUAUUACAUAAUGAUAUACACUAAGGUCCGUAGAUAGUCA